AUGGCUCACGAAGUUUCUCCUGACUAUGGGGGAAGAAAUGGAUACCCGAUUCCUGAUGCCGAGUGGCAUCGAUCAACAAGUAGAGACUCGAAGAGUACAUCAAGGUCCCACCUCACUCAUUCAGAAGGCUCAGAGUCUUAUGAAGAGACUGAGGACUCUCCACCCCCAAGCACCCUUGGCGCUGCUGGCUCUUCGCUUCAUUUCUUCAUUUCCCGACGGCACACGAAUGGGGGAAAUCCCAUGCAAGUCGAAAAGAAACAACCUUUUUGGAGGAUGACCGGGAGAAGCUAUAAAACCACUCAGGGAGCGCUCAUCAUAUGCUUGAACAUUGGCUGCGACCCGCCUGACAUAGUUAAGACGCAACCGGCUGCCCAUCUUGAGUGCUGGAUUGACCCCCACACUAUGCCACCAUCAAAAGCUCUCGAAACAAUCGGGAAGGCCCUGCAAAACCAAUUCGAGAUACUGAAUAGCCGUGGCAAGUACAAAUCUUAUCUAGACCCCUCGCUCGACGAUUUCAAGGGAUAUAUGAUCAGUCUACGGAAUCACACUAAGAGUAAUCGGGCCCUUGUUUAUUACAACGGGCACGGUGUACCGAAGCCCACUAAUAAUGGGGAAUUUUGGGUAUUUAAUCGCAAUUACACUCAGUACAUACCCGUCUCCCUCAACGACCUGCAAGACUGGAUUCGCUCGCCCACUCUUUUUAUUUGGGACUGCUCGGCUGCUGGGAAUAUCCUUCAUAAUUUUGAGAAAUUUGCGAAGCCAAAGGAUGAGGAAAUGCGUCAGCUGUAUCCAGACGGGAAUUUUGCGGCGGACUACGUCCCGCUGUCCGAGUGCAUUCAUCUAUUGGCAUGCGGAGCGGAUGAAGAAUUGCCCAUGGCCCCUGACCUUCCUGCGGAUGUCUUUACUUCCUGUUUGACCUCACCGAUCAAGAUGGCUUUGCGGUUUUAUGUCCUUCAGAAUAACCAUAGGUUCCCGGAUGCCACAUUAGAAUCUAUUUCCCAUAUUCCAGGCGAUUUCAAGGAUCGUAGGACUCCCUUUGGGGAGCUUUCUUGGAUCUUCACUGCCGUCACAGACACGAUUGCGUGGUCUGUGUUUUCACCCGAAAUCUUCCGCAAGUACUUCCGGCAAGACUUAACCACCGCAUCGUUAUUCCGUAAUUUCCUCUUGGCAGAACGAGUCCUUAGAGCGUAUGACUGCACGCCUCGAUCCCUCCCUCGCCUUCCUCCCACUCAUAUGCAUCCUAUGUGGAGAGCCUGGGACCUUGCUGUCGACAGUUGUCUGGCUCAACUGCCUGAAAUCCUCAGAAGUUUGGGUUCCCACUUGCCGGACCCACGGCCACUGGCACCUGAUGCGCCUCUUCCUUACCGAUACGUGCCAAGCGUUUUUUUCGCCGAACAUUUGACCGCCUUUGAGGUUUGGCUUAAACGCGGAAAGAUACUAAAUGAAGCCUCAGGCGAGCGUGCUCGGAUCUUCUCAAUGAGACCUCGUGGAUGCGGACCAGAAGAGGCUCAUGAAGUGGAGAAUCAUAGGCGCCCCCCUGAACAGCUUCCCGUCCUCCUCCAAGUCCUCCUGUCCCAAGCACAUCGACUUCGGGCCCUCAUUCUAUUAUCUCAAUUCAUGGAUUUGGGACCAUGGGCAGUGCACUAUGCUCUCGAAAUCGGCAUAUUCCCGUACGUUCUCAGGCUUCUCCAAUCAUCUUCUCCCGAUGUACGACCCGUGCUUUUGUUUAUAUGGGCUCGUAUAUUGUCCGCCGAUCCAAGUUGCAAAGAGGACCUCGCUCGGGAAAUUGAAAUCAAAGAUCCACAAGCACAGGGUGAAAAUGCACCCAAAUUAAAGGUCUCCCCGCUGAAGUAUUUUUGCGAGGUUCUCAUGCCUAAUGGGCCUGUCCCCCUUCUGAUCCCAAAUGUUUCGGAGCAUCGAGCCAUGGCGGCGUUCUGCUUGUCAGUCAUCGUGCGAGAUCAUAUCCAUGGCCAAGAGCGCGCAUUUAUUCAUGGCGCAUUUGAGCAAUGCAUGUUUAGACUUGACGACGACGAUUUCCUCCUUCGACAAUGGUCCAUCCUUUGCUUAGCGAACUUGUGGGCGGAAAGGGAUGACUAUAAAGCCCUCGCGAUGGAGCACUCAGCACACGAUAAGGUGAUGGAAAUGUUGCACGACAUAUCACCCGAAGUCCGUGCGUCAGCUACGUACGCACUUGGCACAUUUUUAGGUGCCUCGUCCUCCCCAGACCCGUCUCACCGAAGUGGGGGCGGUACGGGUCUGCUGCCCUUCAACCCUCGCGACCAGUUCAGGGUUGAAAUUGCAAUUGGCACGCGUGCAAUGCUUGCAGGCCGGGAUGACGCUAGUCCCAUUGUUCGGAAAGAACUCAUUGUUCUUCUGAGCGCCUUGGUUGUAGAAUGGAAGGGUUGGUUCACGAUAGCUGCUUGGAUAUACUGGGAGUGGGAUAAGGUGAAUCGGGCCCACAUCCCUGAUGUGGGUAGGCUAUUCAUGCUGGAAGCGGAUGGUCCUGAAGAGGGAUUUGCUGCUAUUCAUCGUAUAGUUUCCGAAUGGAUUCACUUGAUGACCCUGGCUGAUCCACGAGCCGACCGUGACUUCGAUCUUAUCAAGGAAGAGAACCGGGUUUUGUUGUCGUCCUUUUUUACCAUAUGGUCAGCUUUGUUCGAUCUCUCUGUCGACCCCUACCCUGAGGUGGCUGCCAUGGCGAAAACAGUGGUCGAUUACCUUAUGGCUUGUUUGGUGGAAUCUGCUUUUGCCCGCCUCCCAUCUUCCGGACUGAAUUCUUUCCCUAUACGCUCAUCCAAUGACGAAGCGGCUACCAUUGCUCGCGUGGUGACAAGCUCGGGUCAUAAGUUACAAAUUCCGCGAUCUCGUCAAUCGUCGCUUCACGCUAAUUCCGCGACUGCAAUGAACAGCGACCAAAUAAACGCUACCCGCCAUGUUUCCCUUCAGAGAUCAGACUCCUCAAUGUCAACUCAUGCACUUUCCAGCACGCUCAAGCGCACAUCAUCAAUAGCUGCAUCGCUGAAGAACCUUGCGGUCGGUCAUCCGUUCCCAUUAUCUGAACCCGGGUCACCUCUCCCUGCUUCUCCCUUACUUCCAAGUCCAGACUCCAUACCAUUGAUCGCUGUCACCCCAGAGCCUGGGCUUAACUCAUUUAAAUAUACUUCACCUUGGAACCUUCAAGCACGGACCAAAUCUCUACCCUCUCCCAGUCCUUCAGCUUCACUGGCCGAUGCUCGAGGCUCGACAGUGUCGGCGGCGUUGUCCCCUUCCUGGAAAUCACUUUCACCUCCCAAUCCAUCUCUCGGUCCAUCGUCGCUAACCUUCCCUAGCAGAGACCGUGCAGAACCCGCUUCCCGGGCCAACGGCAAAGGGGGAAAAGGUUCCCAAUUAUCGGCAAAGAGCAUAAUGGAUGCUCUUGUCGAAGAGGACUUCGAACGACAGCGCAGUCGAGUCCCUUGGGACAGGAAAGGAGAAGUUCAAAAUUAUCGCUCCAACAGUCACAAGCGUCAUUCGUCAAGCUUGGCUUUAGGGAAACUGGAUACGAUUUCCGAUACGUUACCAUUGAGAAGCACCUAUUACGAUUCUUGCGCGGAAUACUACAGUGAAUCGCAGAUGGGUUUGGCCGAAAUCGAAGAACCUGGUUCCGAGCUAUAUAACGAGCAAAUGCUGAAGCGUUUGGCUGCCGAGAAGAGUUUACAAGACAGCGCUGACCAGGCUGAGAUGGCCGAUUCUCAUGCAUGGGACAAAUUGAUAGCAACUUUGCCCAAUGAUCAAAACGUAUCCCAACUUGCCUUCCAUCCUACGGAAAACCAUCUCCUAAUCGCCGAUAGACUGAAUAAUAUAGGGCUAUGGGAUUGGGCUUCGCGACGGAAGAUAUGUGUCUUCUACAACAACAAUUCACCAGGGUCCAGGAUUACCCAUCUUCAAUACAUAAACAACGAUUAUCAUACUUUGGUUCUCUCCGGAUCCAGCGAUCAGGUAGUCCGCGUCUUCAGAAAUUGUAAUGGAGGAAAUGAUUCGGUUGAACUUGUUACUGCCUUUCGGGCACUGAAUGACCGAGUCCCUGUCAAGAAGGGCAGUGGUAUGGUUUUGGCAUGGCAACAAUAUAGUGGGAUUCUGCUAGCGUCUGGAGACGUUAAGGCAGUUAGAGUCUGGGACUCCCACAGGGAACUUUGUUUGCAGGAUGUCCCCACAAACGCGGCGAGCAGUGUAACAUCUCUUGCUUUUGAGUCAGAUGCGAGCCAAAUUUUCAGUGUAGGACAUGCAGACGGAUCUGUCCAUGUGUACGAUCGACGGAUGAGAUCUGGUGGCUACAUACGUUCCUGUGAGGGCCAUCAGUCUUGGAUUCAGAAUGUUCACUGGCAAAAGCAUGGCAGUCGGGAGAUGAUUUCGGCCAGUGUGGACGGCACUGUUUGCCUAUGGGACAUUCGUUCACCCAUCCCUAAUACGCUAAUUGAGCCUCAUUCCUACGGUCUUGAGAGCCUCGCAAUCCACGAUGAGGCAAACAUCUUUGCAACUGUUACGGCAAUUACCCCGGCACAGUGGCGCCAGCAAUUCCUCACCAUAUACCCUCCGCCGGACAAUUUCUCAUUCCAACCUCAUCUAUCAUCACUGGGGCGGACGUCAAUUCCAACUGGGCGGACGGCAGCGCCCGAAUCGAUAGUUCCAGGCCUGUCACCAUUGGCAUUCCAUCCGAACGAGAUGAUCAUUGGUACUGGUGGAGCGGACUGUAACAUCCGUCUAUAUGGGGCCAAACUUGAGUCAUUCAAAGCGCCUUAUUUUCCCGUUGAAUUCCCUCGUCCUUCCUCACCCAUGGCCAUCGGGAUUGGCUCGGACUCGUUUUAA